GCGGCCACCCACAAGGCCAGAAAUGGCCGAGGGCAAAACCGCAGCAACGAUCAUUUCAGUUGGAGGAAUCUCUCUUCUCCCGCCUAUUCUUAGCCCCUCUGUCGCCGCGACCCUUUUCUCCCCACCACCUCCUCGAUCCCUCCCUUCCCCUUGGCCAUGCGCAUGCAAAACGACGUAGCCGCCUAGCCUCGCCUGAGCUCGCGCGUCCUCCCCCGCCACACGCACGUACGUGCGGUCACGACCGCGCCACCGCCGUACCCGCGGGCGCGCGCAAGAUCGAACGAAGCCCGGCCGUACGUGCUCCAACGAACGAACGAACCAAUCCCUCCCGGCACGCACGCAAGCACGUCGAUCGCCGCCGCUGGCCCCAUGGCGCGGCUGCGGCCGCCCGGACAUUUCUACAUCGCCGUCAUCAUCAUCUCCGUCGCCGCCGUGGUCGCGUCCGCGGACGACGGGGGCAAAACGGAGGGCGACGUGCUGGUGGCGUUCCGCGACACGCUACGCGCCGCCGACGGCUCGCCACCGGGCCCGCUCCGCUCGUGGGGCACGCCCGGCCCCUGCAACGGCAACCACUCCUCCUGGUACGGCGUCUCCUGCCACGGCAACGGCAGCGUGCAGGGCCUCCAGCUCGAGCGCCUCGGCCUCGCCGGCGGCGCCCCGGAGAUGGGUUCCCUCUCCGUGCUCCCCGGCCUCCGGGUCAUCAGUCUCUCCGACAACGCGCUCACGGGGCCCUUCCCCAACGUGUCCCAACUGGGCGUGCUCAAGAUGCUCUACCUGUCCCGGAACAAGUUCUCCGGCGUGAUCCCCGUCGACGCCUUCAUGCACAUGCGCGGGCUCCGGAAGCUCUACCUCACUUCCAACGACUUCUCCGGACCUGUGCCGAGCUCCAUCACGUCACCGAGGCUGCUGGAGCUGUCGCUUGCGCAUAAUAAGUUCGACGGCCCGCUCCCGGACUUCUCCCAGCCGGAGUUGAGGUUCGUCGACGUCGCCGAAAACAACCUCUCCGGCCCCAUCCCCGCCGGCCUCAGCCGCUUCAAUGCCAGCAUGUUCCAAGGCAACAAACUCCUGUGCGGCAAGCCGCUGGACGCGGUCUGCGACCCCGCGUUGUCGCCCGAUGACGGCAUGUCACCGUUCGUGAAGAUCGCCAUCGCGCUCAUCGUCGUCGGCGUGCUGCUCGCCGCCGCGGGCAUCACCACGGGCGUCCUCGGCCGCCGGCGACGGAGGAAGCGACGCGCGAAGCGGACCGACGGAUCCGUGACACUCCCCAACGGCGAGCAGACGCCGUCCAAUCCGGUUCUGGAGACAGCGCCGUGCGUCGCCAUGAGCCAGGCCGCCCCCGUCGCCGCGUCGGCGAAGCGUGGAGGGCGGCGCGACGAGCACGGGCGGCUGGUGUUCAUCAGUGAGAGCCGCGUGAGGUUCGAGAUCGAGGACCUGCUGCGCGCGUCCGCCGAGGUGCUCGGCAGCGGCAACUUCGGGUCCUCGUACAAGGCGACGCUGUUAGAGGGCUCGUCGGUGGUGGUGAAGCGGUUCAAGGACAUGAACGGCGUCGGGCGUGAGGACUUCUCGGAACACAUGCGUCGCCUCGGCCGCCUCGACCACCCCAACCUCAUCCCGCUCGUCGCCUACCUCUACAAGAAGGAGGAGAAGCUCCUCAUCACCGACUACAUGUGCAACGGCAGCCUCGCCAAUCUCCUCCAUGGGGGUCGAGGAAAGGCGUUGGACUGGGGGAAGAGGCUGGGGAUCAUCAAGGGCACGGCGAGGGGGCUGGCGCAUCUGUACGACGAGCUGCCGAUGCUGACGGUGCCGCACGGGCACCUCAAGUCGUCCAACGUGCUCCUCGACGCCGACUUCCGGCCGGCGUUGUCGGACUACGCGCUGGUUCCGGUGCUGACGGCGACGCACGCGAAGCAGGUGAUGAUGGCGUACAAGGCGCCCGAGUGCGUGGAGGCGCACGGGAAGCCGUCCAAGAAGAGCGACGUGUGGAGCCUCGGGAUCCUCAUCCUCGAGGUUCUCACGGGGAAGUUCCCGGCGAACUACCUCCGGCAGGGGAGCAAGGGCACCACCGACCUCGCCGGGUGGGUGAACUCCGUCGUCACGGAGGAGCGCACGGGGGAGGUGUUCGACAAGGACAUGUCAGUGGCGGGCGAGGAUGCCGAUAGCGAGAUGCUCAAGCUGCUCCAGGUCGGGCUCGCGUGCUGCGAGGCCGACGUCGACAAGAGAUUGGACCUCAAGGCCGCCGUCACCGGAAUCGAGGAGGUCAGGGAGCUGGAGCCUGCAUCGACGAGCCAAGGCGAAUCGAAAUCAUAACUAACCAAAAGUUCAAAUCAACUCACACACUGAUAAAAUCAGAUCGAACUCAGACAAUGGAUUAUCGAUACAACAUGCACUGCGUUGCAUUGCAUUGCAUCUGGUGGAACUCUGAGGCGUGAGCGGGAAUGCCGGAUGGUUUGGUGCCCUUAACUCGAUGUAUUAAUCAUCCACCUGGUGAAGAACAUACGCACAUUUGAGCCGGGAUGGUUAGUACUAGGGGUUUUGCGAUGGAAUGAAAUUCAUGACAAAUUUCGAGCAAACAUGUAAAUUAAAUCGUUUUAGCAUGAUUUGAUGUUAAAAGAUGAGGAAGAAUGUGGCCAUGUUACGUUAGUGUGUAGUAAGAGAGACUACAUUUAUUCUUGUUUAUUUUUUCUCAUAUUUUCCAUCUAUGUAGAAGUUGGUUGUAUAUUCUUUUGUAUUAUAUUAUACGAAUCCUUUAUAGUAUGAUUAGCUAGGUA